ACGGCCGUAUGUGACAUAGCGUAUGUGAAGUUCAGCAGACGUGCGGUGACUGAUGACGACGCCGUCGGCGCGGAUGACGUGUGCACAGAUGACGUCACAUGCGACGUGACAAUAGCCGCAUUGCCGCGUGACGUCAGCUGUGAGACUCUCAGAGACUCGAGUGACGUCACGGCUCAAACAAAUAUGGCUGCCGUUGCUAGUAUGGAUGCACGAGGAUGUGGUCUACCGCUUGCAGUAUUCGAAAAGGGCUAUCUGUGCCUGCCCUAUCUCUCGCUGCCCUACUUGGAUCUUCUCUCGGACGACAAUGUGAGAGGAUAUGUGGUGGGGGCGACCAUGUACUAUUCAACAAAAGAAGAACUCGCCGAUGACACUGGCAAGGAAGCAAGGACACCGCAGCAGGAUGUGUUUGUGGACGGAGUUGGCUGGGAGGGAGGUGAUGAAUGGAUUAGAGCUCAGUUCCACGCCUACAUGCUCUGUCUACUUCGCACGUCUCUGCUGCCAGAUGGAAGCCGUGAGCUGGACCAUUUCAACGCCUCGUUUGUGUCAGCCUUUCGACGCACGCACAGCUACCAGCAGUGGAUGGCCGAGCUGAGUGGUGACACACCCUCCCUGUGGCAGUUGUCACCCGGUCACCCAUUCGCCGGCGGCUCACAGCUCAGUGUCGCCGAUAUGCGACUGCGCAUCUCUCAUACGAUGCAAAACACGGAAGGAGGGAGAAAACUGAAUCAAGCCAUGGUUAGCACGGGUCGGGCAGUGGCCACUACUGGAAGAGCUGUUGGUGGAGCGAUAUCGCAAGCCAAGGGAGCCCUUUCCAGCUGGUGGUCAAAUUUGACAACCGCCCAAAGCCCCACAGACGGGUUGACGCCUGGGGCGUUCCAAGAGGAGGGUAUCAUACAGCCAGGGGGUGAGAAAAAUGAUGCGCCGUCUCUAGAAAAUAAUUGUCAACCAGGGGUUGAUAGAAAUGAAACGUCGUCUUUUAAGAAUAAUUGUGAGCCAGGGGGUGCCAAAAAUGGAGCGCCGUCUCCAGAAAAUGAUUGUCAGCCAGGGGGUGAUGAAAAUGAUAGUCUGCCACUUGAGAACGGAUUGAAAUCAGCUGAUGAGGAGGACAAAUCAAGGUCAAAUCAUACGAUGACGUCAUCAAAGAUUUUGCAAGUCUGAUGUGGCAUAGUGGAGUAAAGAUAUAUGAAACAUCAAUUUUUAAUUUCAAUCUACUGUGUGAGGUUCACGUUAUAAGUCAGUGGAAAUGAUAGGACAACAGAGUUGCCGAUUCUCUGCGUUACCACCGCCUUCUAUAGUAGAUAGAUGUGAUUCAAGUUAUCCCCCUGUAUCUGAUCUGAUAUUAAUUGUAGAUUCUUUUUAAUAAUUCUGUCAAAUAUCAUAAUUUAUGCGUAAGGAAAUAUAAUUUCCUAUGAUUUAAUACAAUAAAUUUUCAUAGUUGAGAUGAAAUAUGUAGGUAGUUGAUUAUGAUUGUUCAUAAUCUAGAAAAUAUUUGGCAAUGUAGGUAGAAGAGGAUAGAGCUAUCUGCUUUGUGGAAUGAUAGACGAGGAUAGCAACACCAAUGUUAAUCAGGUGCUGACUUUAUAACGUGGACCUCACUACAGUUUCUAAUGUGUUUUCUUCUGAAGAAAUUGUAUUUCUUGUCCAUUACCUCAAUAAAAAUUUUGUUACUAAAAUUAUUUCAGAAAAAUAUGUUAAUGCAUACAAUACAUUUUUGUUAACUUUGCGUUAAUUUUUCCAUCGUUUUUUUCAGUCAAUGCUAAUUUAAAAUUACUGCAAAAUGUUUUCUAAAAUUAAUUUCUCAUUUUAUCUAAGAUGUAAAUAUACAAGCAAAAUUAAAAUACUCUGUACCUAUCUCGGACUAUGUGUAACCUUGUCUAAAUUUGGGAGAGGAAUAGCACAAGGUUACCUUAUUUUUUCUCUCCCUAUCAUUUUGAUGAUGUACUUAUUGUAUCAAUCAAUGAAGAAUUGGCGGAGUUGAAUAUACUCCUAUACAUAUGGGGAAAGUAACCCCCGUUACACGUACCGGCGGUUAAA